CCCCGCCCGCCGCCGGCGGAGCCAUGCGCCCCGCGCCGCUGCUCGGGCUCCUGCUCUGGGCGCCGCUGCUCUGGGCACCGCCGCCGCCGGUGCGCGGCCUCCGACACGGCGUCCACUGGAACGGGAGCAACCCCAGGUUCCUGCGGGACGACUACUCCAUCCAGGUGUCCAUCAAUGACUACCUGGACAUCUACUGCCCGCACUACGAGGGGGCUGUGCCCGCCGGCCGGGCAGAGACGUUCACGCUCUUCAUGGUGGACCGGGAGGGCUACCGCGGCUGCUACGAGACCCCCGGGGCCUUCAAACGCUGGGAGUGCAACCAGCCCCAGGCGCCCUUCGGGCCCGUCCGCUUCUCAGAGAAGAUCCAGCGCUUCACCCCCUUCUCGCUCGGCUUCGAGUUCCAGCCGGGGGAGACCUACUACUACAUCUCCCUGCCGAGCCCCGAGAGCGCCGGGCGCUGCCUGAAGCUGCGCGUCUCCGUCUGCUGCAGAGCCACCACGCCGGAGCCGGUGACAGAGGUUCCCAACUCCCAGCCCCGCGGGCGAGGAGCCCCCGAGGACACAGGGACACCCCGGGACACCGCGGCCCCGGCCCUGCAGCAGCGCCAUGCCCAGUGCCUGGCUCUUACGCUCCUCGCCCUGCUCUGGAUCUGACCCCGCGGCGCUGCCCGCGGCGGGGACACGGGCUCCUCCGCCACGCUGGCCGCUUGCAAACGUUUUUCUCCUGCCACUGUCCCACCGAGCCCGUGGGGCAGCCCUGGGCCACAACUCUCCUGCCAACCCCCUGCCGAGCUGAGCUGGGGGCCAGGGGCUCCCGGCUGGAAGGGGCCUUGCUUCCCUGCCAGCAUCCCUGCACGCCGGCCCCGACAGCCACCCUGCCCCGGCGCUGUGGGCUCCCUGCAGCUCCUUGGACACCUGCUCUGCCCCAGGGCCGUCUCCUCAUCUUGUGCCUUCCCCCAUGGACCCCCUGCUGCGGGGGGCCGGGGACCCCCAAGCCCUGGAGCAGGGCGACAGCUCCUCUGGGCGCUGGAUGGAGGCAGGCGCCCGGCCCCUCCGCUCGCCUUGUCCUCCAGCGAGGACACCGAUCUGUCUUCUGCGAAGACGCCCUCCUCCUCCGUGCGGUUCCAGUCCGUACAGUUUGGUUUUAACCCCUGGUAGUGACUGAGCCAAGUAAUACAGUAUUUGCAAGA